GUUUGGGCCUGGCCUUUUCGGAGGCCCAAGGCCAGCCCUUCAGUAGGACACCCUACCCUAACAGUCCCUCACAGUUUCACUUCAUCUCUGUUUCAGAAAGGCAGCCUUCCCCUCUCAACUUCUCUAAGAAAAGCAGGAGCUCUGCUAGGGCAAAGUCCGUUUCCCCUCAAAGUGAAUCGAACCGCUUCCUUUUCCUUAUAGCUGCUCCGUUCUCUCUUUGUGUGCCCUUUUUCCCUCAGCUCCGUUUACUCGAGUGAUAUGGCACCCCCGCGUAUCGCUCCUACUCCACCCCCUCAAGGCGACGGACAAGAUCUGGCCAGGGCGAUCGAGGCCAUGGCUGCGGCUUUGACUCAGCAAAGCAAUGCCAUGAUGCAACAGCAUGAGGUGGCGAUGCAGCGCCAGGAAGCCUCUCUCGAGCAGCAGAACUUCAUGAUGCAGCAGAUGGAAGCUGCUAGGCAGGCUGCAGAGGAUGCUCAGAGGCAGCACGUGGAUGCUCUCCGUCAGUUAGGGGAGAAUGCUGCUGGUGCUCAGAUGUAUGGUCCUCAUCCCCAACCUCCACCCCCUGAAUGGAGUUUGGAAGACUUUUUGAAGCACCAACCUACCAAGUUUGAUGGCAAGAAGAGUCCCGAUCAGGCGGACCAAUGGAUGAAAGAUAUGGAGCGCAUCUUUGAUGCCAAGAGGUGCCCCGAUGAGAGCAGACUGGCUUUCACUGUCUACAUGCUCACUGGAGAGGCUGAGCAUUGGUGGGCUAGCAUGAAGCUGGUGGUGGAAGAGAAGCAUGAGGAUAUCACAUGGGAAGCCUUCAAGAGGAGGUUUCUUUCAGAGUACUUCCCUGAUAGCGUGAGGUACGCUAAGGAGGUUGAGUUCCUCCAGCUGACGCAGGGGAACAAGUCAGUAGCUGAGUACGCCGAGAGGUUCAAGCAUCUGGGGCGUUUUUACACCAUGCCGCUCGAUGAGGAGUGGCGUUGCAGGAAGUUUGAGAAUGGUCUCAGAGGAGAUAUCCGCCUGAUGAUAGCUCCAUUGUCCAUUAAGGACUUUGCGGCCUUGGUGGAAAAGGCCAGGGUCAUUGAGCGAAUGAAGGUAGAGGUGGAAGCUCAGCAACAGCCACAACAGAGUCAGUGGACCAUCUGGGUCCAGGCCGAGGGUUGAAGAGAAGAGGAAGCCUUAUGCUAGGCCUCAUCCACAGCCACAGGGGUCUAGAGGCUUUUCUUCCCCGCCCAGCAGGAUUCAGUGCUAUCAUUGCGGAGGGCCGCAUGGGAAGAAUUUCUGUCCGCAGCUAUCAGGUUUCCGCAGGUGCAACCAUUGUGGCAGAGAGGGCCACUUUGGUAGGGAUUGCCCCACUCUGAGGAGGACAGUUGCACGACCUUCACCACACACUCCGAGUCAGAGUUCAGGCCAGACUCAGCAGAGAGGAGGAGGCAGCAGGCCUCAGGCUACAGGCAGGGUCUUUGCGAUGACCGGGUCAGAGGCAGCAGGUUCAGAUGGGAAUACUUCUGGAGGUAGGCCUGAUGGUGGUAGCAGUGCAGCCUAGUGGGCCCGUUGAGGUGGCUUUCGAAGAAGUUCCAUGGCCCUAGUGCCUUGUAAUACCAUGCUCUUAGAGCAUUUCUUUUGCCCAACUGUUAAACUUUAGAUUUGUUUCUGUUUAUGGUAUGGUGGCAUGCCUAAAUCCGUUUUCGCAGUAUUUUCUGGAUGACUGUAAUAGUUAUCUCCCCUACAUUGUAUGUUCAUCUGAAUGUUUCUCGUUAUUAUAACGGUGUGAUAUUUUAUUUAGUAGUUUAAUCUAUUAAAAUGGGA